AUGAUCUGUGGUAUGAUUUACCAGCAUCCACAUGGUAAUAUGGAAAACUUUAAGGAUUUUCUUAACUCUACUAUUGAAAAGAUUGAUAGGGAGAAUAAAUUCUGCAUCAGUUUGGGAGAUUUUAGUCUUGACCUUCUUAAACUGGAUUCUCACCCAGAUACAGUAGAUUCUUUAAAUACUUUGGGGUCCUUCAGCUUUCAACCUCACAUUUUACAACCUACUCGAAUUACUGAGCACUCAAAAACUCUAAUUGAUAACAUUUUCUUCAAUUCUUUGGAGUUCCCCACCUUAAGUGGGAAUAUUGUUUAUGAUCUUACUGAUCACCUACCUAAUUUCCUUAUUAUUCAAAAAUUCACAUCUUUACCUAUCAAUGUAAAGAUCUACAAAAGAGAUUAUUCUAAUUUUGAUGAAUCUGCUCUAAUCCAAGAUAUCCAGUCAGUUGAUCGGGAAGGUGUAUUACACGCUAAUCCUGAUCCCAAUAUAAUGUUUGACUCCUUUAAAACUAGAAUCUCUGGCAUAACUGUUGUUCAUAUCCCUCUCAUACAACUCUCCAAACGU